CACUGAGGAGGUGGGAGACAAAAACAGUGAUAAAUUAGCCAGAGGAUGACUUCUAAUUUUAUCGAAUAGCAUACACUUAAAUGGUAGGGUAAUAAUGAUUUAAAUGGAAUGGAGGAAAUACUUGAGAGUUAGUUGAAAACCACACCAAACCAAACAACUCUAUCUAAAAGUUAUAUGGUGUGAUUUUUUUUUAAGGUGGUGCUUGUUUUGAUUGUAUUUAUAUUGUUUUCGUACUGUGGUUAUUGCAUAUGUUGGACUUCUUCUGUGGCUUGUAAAUUAGUGUACAUACAGUUUAUUAUUGCCUUGCUGUGGAUUCAUAGAUUCAGAUUAUUUCCAUCACGCAUAAUCUCUAGUUUGGAGAUAGAACAUAAAUAUACUUUUAAAAUUAAAAAAGAAAGUCAGUUAGCUGGGGUCUAAUUUUAACUUCUUUCGGGUAAGCUGCCUUCACCUCCAAAUGCGUUUCUUGGCAAGAGGAGAGAUGAUGAGGCAGACAUGUGCGUUAGGUAUUAAGGAUCCACUAUGAAGUUAGAACCGAUGUAAGAAAAAGAUUAUUCAGCUAAGACUGAAGACUUAGCUGAACGGGAGACUCUAGCUUCUGAACUUUUCUGCCUAAAUAAAGCAUAAGGCUUUGAAGUUCAACAGACCCAAACUGGAGUGUGAUUUUAGGUAAAUUACUUAAUCGCUCCCAGCCUCACACUCCUCAUCUGUGAAAUGGGUGUACUUACUUCAUAGUGUUGUAAUGAAGGUAGAGGUAAUGUAUGCAGAGCCCUUGUCAGACUGGCCCCGAGCAAAUGCUAAAUGAACAGUUGCUUUUGGUCCAACAAAAAGUAUAACAACAAUUAUGAGCAGUGUCUGUGACAAGGUAAUAAUUUUAAUUCUCAUUUCUUUACUCUUCCUUGAGAAGAGGUCAAGUGUAAGCCUUGGAAGUUGUGGGUUUCUAUUUCAGUGUUUAACUUUGAUUCUAAAACUAACGUUUAUCAACUGCGUGCUAUACGCUUAGCACCGUGAUCUCAACUUUUGGGGUUUUCUCGUGGCAAGAUACCUACCUGAACGAGAAAGAACCGGGAGAAUCAGCAGUGAACUGCAGCGACCUUUCAGGACAAAGGCUCAUUUCCCUUUCUCCCACGUCAGGUGGGCUUUGCGUCUUCUUGAGUUAAGCCCAUGUAUGCGCAACUUCCUACCGUAGGGACUUGAAGCGCGUACAACUUGUGGAGACUUUUUUAAGAGAACGAAUGCAACACGAGGUCGGGGCCACGCGAGUGAGGGACGCCAAAGCGUGAGCUUCACCAGCUUCCCGGAAAACGCACGUCCGGUUAAGGGACCAGGGAGGCGAAGGAUCCGUAGACACGCCCCUCCGUUCCCCUGUCGGGCUUUCUGGUGGACAGGCCUGCGCGUCACCUGGCCUUUGUAAAAACGAACCGGCCCCGUUUGGGCCGGAACCACGGAGGCAAGAGCUGUUAUUCGCCCACCUCCUGCCUUACGUGGACCCGGUGUCCUCUGUGGCUGUGCCAUACGCCAGCGAAAAGGGACGGCACUUCGGAUCGGAUGCCUUUUGAGAGCAGGCGCUGGCGAGAACCUUACUGAAGACUAGAGGCCAAGUGUGCGCCUUUGCAGAGCUCUGCGACACCCUAUUUGUCAUGCAACCAGUGCAUUUGGGUGUUGACCUGGCUGGGCUUUUAAUUAACAUUACUGCUGACCUGAAAGCAUUGGAGGAGAAGGUUAUUUUCUAAACGUCCUCGAUAAUCUUCUCACCGCCUUUCGUAAGUUUCCUCCGACCGGGGCUCGCUUCUGCUUUGCGCAGAAAUUAUCUGCUUAGAGCCCUGCCUGAUUUGUAACAAUCUCUGGCAAAACCCCAGAAAAGAGAUAACACUCUUGUCUUCGACGGACCUCGGAGGCGGCAGCGGGGCCCGGUGGAAAGGGUCUUCUGGUGGCCUGAGGCUCUGGGAGCCACCAGUCCAGCUGAGGGACAGCCUCUUGGGGCUUUCUUCUCCCUGAGGAGCGUGACGCAGUUAAAAAGGAAAAAAAAAGAGCCACAAGCCAAAGAGUUGCCAAUGACAUAGGAGAGGGAGCGCUUUCAAGCCACCGAGCCGCUCCUGGAGGCUCUGAGCUCACCCACCCCCAGCCAGGGGGCUCGGUCGUGGAGCGACACUCAACACGGGUCCGCGCACGAGAGACGGAAUGGCCGGGGAAGUCAGUCUGAAUUCCCUCCAGGAACUGGAACGCGAGGUCAUCCUCCAGGUCCUGUACCGAGACCAGGCGGUUCAAAACAUCGAGGAGGAGAGGAUCCGGAAACUGAAGACGCACCUGCAGCAUCUCAGGUGGAAAGGAGCAAGGAGCGUGAGCCCGGAAUACAAAGAGAAGUCCUGCGCACGCUGCCAGUGCCAGCUCGGGCUUCUGCUGAACCGGGGGGCCGUGUGCAAGGGCUGCAGCCACCGCGUGUGCUCUGAGUGCCGAGUCUUCCUGCGGAGGACCCACGCCUGGAAGUGCACCGUGUGCUUUGAGGACAGAAAUGUGAAAAUAAAAACUGGAGAAUGGUUCUUUGAGGAACGAGCCAAGAAAUUUCCAACUGAAGGCAAACACGACAGAGCUGGAGCAAAGCUCUUGCAAUCUUAUCAGGAACUGAGCAACAUUUCUGUGGUUCCUCCUACCCCACCUCCUCUGAGUGAAAGCCAGUGCACCAGCAGCUCCCACAGGUUACAGGAACUUGGUCAGUUUAAAGGAUUUAAUAAGUCCAUGGAAAAUUUGUUUCUGUCUGUUACCACCCACAUGAAAAAGCUUUCCAAGUCCCAGAAUGACAUGACCUCUGACAAGCAACUCCUAGCCACGGGUCCCAGGCAGUGUGCUAGCCGGACGGAGAGGAGGAGCCAGUCUGACACUGCCAUCAACGUCACCACCAGGAAGCCAAGCACACCAGAUAUUCUGAAACCUCUCAACCAAGAGAGUCCCAAACACCUUACUAACCCUGUUUCGAAGCAAGAGGACGUCUCAUCCAGGCCAACGCCCAGCACUUUGUUCUCAGGAGGCUUGAAACACGCAAGUCUACUUAGCAUUAACAGCACUUGUACAGAGAUGGGAAAUUUUGACAAUGCUAAUGUCACUGGAGAAAUAGAGUUUGCCAUUCGUUAUUGCUUCAAAACCUGCUCUUUAGAAAUAUGCAUCAAGGCCUGUAAGAAUCUUGCCUAUGGAGAGGACAAGAAGAAAAACUGCAAUCCGUACGUGAAGACCUACCUGCUGCCUGACAGAUCCUCCCAGGGAAAACGCAAGACUGGAGUCCAAAGGAACACCGUGGACCCAACCUUCCAAGAGACCUUGAAGUACCGGGUGGAGCCCGCCCAGCUGGUGACCCGGCGGCUGCAGGUCUCCGUGUGGCACCUGGGCAUGCUCACCCGGAGGGUGUUUCUUGGAGAGGUGACCAUUCCUCUGGCCACAUGGGACUUUGAAGACAGCUCGACGCAGUGUUUCUGCUGGUAUCCGCUGAGGGCCAAGGCAGAGAAACAUGAAGACAGCAUUCUUCCAAAUAAUGGAGAACUUGCAGUCCGGGCCAAACUGGUCUUCCCUGCGGGGCCCAGAAAGCUCAAAGAGGCCCAAGAAGGGACGGGAGAUGGGCCAUCCCCUAACGGUCAGCUUUGUCUGGUCGUGCUGGGAGCCAAGAAUUUACCUGUGCGGUCAGAUGGUACCCUAAACUCCUUUGUUAAGGGCUGCCUCACUCUGCCAGACCAACACAAGCUGAAGCUCAAGUCCCCAGUCGUCAAGAAGCAAGCUUGCCCCCAGUGGAAGCACUCCUUCACGUUCAGUGGCGUAAGCCCUUCUCAGCUGAGGCAGUCCAGCCUGGAGUUAACCGUCUGGGACCAGGCCAUCUUUGGUGUGAACGACCGCUUGCUGGGGGCAGCCAGGCUUGGUUCCAAGGAAGACGCAGCUGGCGGUGUGGACGCAUGCUCUCAGUCAGAGCUUCAAUGGCAGAAAGUUCUUUCCAGCCCCAAUCUGUGGACAGACCUGACACUCAUUCUUCACUGAAGCCAAGGUUCCAGUCCGCAGUGGGAGUCUCGAGUGCCGCAUGCCAGAAGGUGGCUGGACGUGUGGGUGUGGACACUCGCCGGCUGCAGCUGUAGCGAGAACAUUCCUCCACACCCCCACGUGUAUUUAUGUUCAACGGCUGAUGGUACAAACAUGAGUCUCGGGUUGGUUUUGUGCUGAGGUGUGGAAAUGGUCCGAUUUCAAUAAAUGGUCAACACUC